AUGACAAGUGGCACAAACUCUUCAGGACCUUGCUUCCUCUCAAAAAAAAAUCCUAAAAUAGAUGACAACUACUUGAAGGAAUUGAAUGAGGACUUGAAGUUAAGGAAGCAGGAACUUCUAGAGAUGCUAAAACCUCUAGAAAAUAAGAACACUCUCUUAUUCCAGAAGCUAAUGGCUAACUUGGAGGAAAAACAAAGGAGUCUGAAGAUCAUGAGGCAGAUCAUGGCAGGGAGGGGAUGUGAUGACUCUUCAGUCAUGGAGCUUAUUAAGGAAGCAGAGGAGAUGAAACAGAACCUGGAAAAGCAACAAAGGAAAAUAGAAUUGAUCAAGUAUGAGGAACAACACAACAUCCUUCAGAAUGGCUUUCAUGGCAAAGUAAUUGAGCUGAGAAUUGAGGCCUUGAGCAACUACAAGAAGGCCAAUGUCUAG